AUUUUGUUUCCUUGUACACUUGUGUGUCAGAGGUUCAAUUAGUGUGGUGUAUUGGCACGUAAUUACUGAUCAUAUCAAUUAAAAAUACAAUCAUUGUUUUUAAUUACGGGUCAAACCGUGUACAUUAAUUCUUACACACGCAGAUAAUCAAACUACCCCUUUAUUGGAUAGAUAUGAGUAUUAAUAAAGAACUGCCAAAUAUGAUGUAAAUUUCAAGGAGUAACGUAAACAAGGACAUAAAGUGCUAUUAGGAAGUCAGAUAAGGUGUGUCCCACGUGGGCAAGGUGUAUUUAAAUUAAAUCGGGUGCAUAUGUUUUUCAUUUUACUUUAAAAUGUCGAUAAUGAUCAGUGUAAAGUUUUUGUACCUGUUGUGUGCUGUCGCCCUUGUUGAUGGACACGGAAGGUUGUGGGAACCUCCUUCAAGAUCGUCUAUGUUUAGGAAAGGAUUCCCGACACCCCCAAAUUAUAACGACAAUCAACUAUCAUGCGGAGGAUUUUCGCACCAGUGGAGUACAAAUGGCGGGAAAUGUGGAUUAUGUGGAGACCCGUAUGACCAAACGCAACCACGACAAAAUGAGGCAGGCGGGAAAUAUGCUACAGGAAUUAUCUCUGCACACUACACAAUAGGACAGGUCAUCGAUAUAAGCGUAGAUGUUACAGCAAAUCAUAAAGGGUGGUUUGAAUUCAGACUUUGUCCGAAUAAUGAUGUAAAGAAGCCAGCGACACAAGCUUGUUUGGACAAAUAUUUGUUGCAACUAGCAGACGGAAGUGGCACAAGGGAUCAUAUUGAUACGCGUGUGGGCAUGCGUACAAAGAAGUGGAUACUUCCUUCUGGUCUGACAUGUACCCAGUGUGUUUUACAAUGGAAAUGGCAUGUUGGUAACAGUUGGGGUGUAUCUCCGGACGGAAGAGGAUGUAUCGGAUGUGGGGCACAGGAAGAGUUUUAUGGUUGCUCGGACAUUGCAAUAGAAGAUCCAAAUGGAUCAGGGAUUCAAACCACACUUCCACCAAUAGUGGCUGCAAGCACAAUCACCACGUCAACCACAACGUCGCCUACAACGACGACCACCAAACCUACAACAACUACGACAACCACAAUCACACCUACCACUACAACGACCACGCCUACAACAACAACGACCACGCCUACAACAACAACUACCACGCCCACAACGACAACAACCAAGCCUACGACAACAACCACGCCUACGACAACAACCACGCCUACAAAAACAACGACCACUCCUACUACAACAACGCCUUUUCCUACUACAACUACGCCUACAACAACUACAACAAUGAAUUCAAAUCCAUACUUGGGUAAAACCUGCGGACCAACUUUGGUAUGGAAAUACACACCCGGGAUGACCUGGUGGUGUACUAUAAAUUGCAAUGGUGGUUAUUGUCCGGCGACACAUUGUGUGUGUACAUAAAGAUCUGCUCGGACUUAAUUCGAAUCCAUUUAUUAAUGCCCGGUACAUGUUCCGUUCUACAGAACAUACUUUAUUGUGUUUAAGUGCUAUUAUUUGUUGUUUAAUUGUUACGAUUUGUCAUUUAAUUUUUUUACGAUAAAAUAACAUAAAUAUU